CACUGUCGACCAGCCGCCUGCCCCGUCAUCAAGUUCUUCCUUCCUCCUCCUUCCACCUUCGUCCCUUUCCCUCCAAAUCUCAUCUCACAGUCCUGAAACCCUUCCCCGAGCAGAAAGUAUAUAACUUUCUUCACAGCACAGCUCCCAGCAGUCAAACCGAAGCAAAAGAUUAUACCUUUCUUGGGUCUGGGAUCGAGUUCUUGCCUGAAAGAAGAGACUCGCGAUCGAUCGAGGAAGAAAAACAAUCAGUUGACGGGGGGAACUCUAACCUUAUUUUCUCCAAACUCUGAAGGGGGCAGCCCUUUUUGGUCUCUCUGCGGCAGGUUCUCGCUCUAGAAAUGGGGGUGCCGGUGGUCCGGUUUCCGAUUAUUCCGGUGAUCAGAGCCAUGGGGGUCACGGUCGCGACCCUUGUGCUGGUGUGGACCGUGCAUUACAGGGGAGGCCUUGCUCUUGUCUCUGACAACAAAGAUCUCAUCUUCAAUGUCCAUCCUGUUCUAAUGGUUAUCGGACUCAUUAUCUUGAAUGGCGAAGCUAUGCUCGCAUACAAGACGGUAUCAGGAACUAAGAGCUUCAAGAAACUUAUUCAUCUUACACUACAAUUUCUCGCCUUCUGUAUAAGUGCAAUUGGUGUUUGGGCUGCCUUGAAGUUCCAUAAUGAUAAAGGCAUCGACAAUUUCUACAGCCUACAUUCGUGGUUGGGGCUGGCUUGCCUUUUCCUCUUCGGCAUUCAGUGGGCUAUUGCAUUCGCCAUAUUCUGGUACCCAGGUGGCUCGAGAAACAGCAGGGCCACAUUACUUCCAUGGCAUGUAUUCCUUGGGAUAUACAUCUAUGCCCUAGCAGUCGCUACGGCUACCACAGGCUUCCUGGAGAAGGCUACAUUCCUUCAGACGAACAAUGUGAUAACACGAUAUUCCUUGGAGGCCUUGCUCGUGAAUUCCCUUGGGAUCCUGGUCGUCGGGCUAGGCGGUUUCGUUACGCUCGCAAUUGUAGCACCAGUUGAUAGCAGAGGCGAUGCCCGAAAAGGUUCAGCUGAGUAGGAAUAUAUGGAACAAAAGCACAUUCUCUGGGUUGCAGUAAUCACGGAUUGUUACUUAUAUGUUUGUAUUUGUUGGUUUCAUUCUUACUCCUGAUAAUAUGAACCCAAAUCAUGCUUCUAUGGUCUUCUCUUCCAUUCUGGGUUGAAUGCUUCAUUCCUUCCAUAGCAA